AUGGAAGUACGUGAGGAGGAGAGACGCUGUGGGAAGUGGAGGGUGGCCUGUGGUCUGUACAGCUACAACCUGAGGGAUGUCUUCACAUGGCAGCUCCUGAAGACCGUGCUCAUGGGCCAGGUCCUGUCUCUGCUGAUCUGUGGCACGGCGGUGAGCUGCCAGUACCUGGCCGACGCCGGCGUGGAGACGCCCAUGCUGCAGAGUUUCCUCAACUACGCCCUGCUGCUGCUCGUCUACACAACCAUCCUGCUCACACGCAAAGGUGAAAGAAACAUCGUACACAUUUUAAAAACCAAGUGGUGGAAGUAUUUGGUGAUGGGUCUGGCAGAUGUGGAGGCAAACUAUGCAGUUGUGAAGGCGUACCAGUACACCACCCUGACCAGUAUCCAGCUGCUGGACUGCUUUGUGAUCCCGGUGCUGAUGCUGCUCUCCUGGUUCUUGCUGAAGACGCGCUACAGGCUGGUCCACUUUGUAGCCGUGUCUGUGUGUUUGCUGGGGGUGGGCGCCAUGGUGGGGGCGGACAUUCAGGCCGGAAGAGACCAAGGAUCCACCCGUGACGUGAUGCUGGGUGAUGGUCUGGUUCUCGUCAGUGCCGUCCUCUACGCCGUGUCCAACGUGUGUCAAGAGCACACGGUGAAGAACCAUAGCCGGAUCGAGUUCCUGGGCAUGAUGGGUCUGUUCGGGACCCUCAUCAGCGGCAUUCAGCUAGUUGUACUGGAAAUUCCUGCAGUAGGAGCAAUAAAGUGGGACCUUCGUAUCUCCGUCCUGUUUGCAGUCUACGCCCUGUGCAUGUACGCCCUGUACAGCUUCAUGCCUGUGGUGGUGAAGAUGACCAGCGCUACUGCCGUCAACCUGUCCCUGCUCACCGCCGACCUCUUCAGCCUCUUCUGUGGCCUCUUCCUCUUCCACUACAAAUUUUCACUCCUGUACAUCAUCUCGUUCGUGGUCAUCACUGUGGGUUUCAUCAUGUUCAACGCGAUUCCCACCUACACGGCUCUACCGGAGGACGACCCCGCGGAUCCACCCGCCGGGAGCCCCUCCGACCAGCUGCUGGCAGCCGACACCGACUCCGAGAGGAACGAGUCCAUCACCGCUGUCGCUGCGUUAUGACGCAAACUGACUGACCACAGAACAAGGGCUUUUAUUUUGGAGGACAAACGCAGCUAGACUGCAACACUGAGAUGUGUCAGAGUGAGAAGAUUAUUUUUAUACCAUUGCUCAGAGGGCGAGUUGACAAACUUCGGCUCUAACGUUUAGAUUAUUACAGAAGUGCACGUUUUCUUGUACUUCAGACAUCGCAUGUCUUCCACUGCUGUUACCACUGAGACAUUAUGAAUUGUUAUUUAUGCUGUUUUAUAGAUCCUCUGUUACUGCACUCCUAGUGGACGUGUUAAACACAAUCACUAUGUCUGGUCACUGGUAUUUUUUGUCUCCAAACUGAUUGGCGAUUUGUCUUGUUUCUCCAUUUUUAACAUUAAUAUAUUUGAUAUUUUAUUCGAUGGGUUGAAGACCCAACCUCACUCCAAAGCCGAUAAACCUUUUGACUCCCUCUGGAGACAUCGAGAGUCCCAUCAGCCAAAUGUAAAGAAAAGAAGGCGCUCACUCGAAAACCCAGAGGAGAUCUCAUUUGUGCAAACAAAGUAUUUUAACAUCUAGUCAGAACUGUGCUGUUACAUUCAACUGUAUUAUAUAAGUAUUUUUUUAAUCUGAACACAAACUACUAACAAAGUUUUAUUUGAUUUCAGUUUAACUUUCAGCUGCUACACUUUAAGCAUGGAUUUCUUUGCCUUGUAUCGCUAAGAGUUAAACACAUCUGCCUGCAGCAGACGUUUUUAUCUAUUUAUUUUAUACUA